GCCAAAACUUUUUGAUUCUGGGCUCUGGGACAGGAGCUAUAGCUUCUCUACUGUCGCAAUUGGAUGACUUGAUGUUGAAUAUAACUGAGGUUGAACCACGUAAUGAGAUUAUUCAGUUAUCCAAGAAAUGGUUCUCACAUGAGAAUUCGGACAUCCGAAAUGAGAAUAUUUCGACGUUCGUUGUGAACGAACACACGAGAGGGGCUAAGUAUGCUUGUAUAAUGAUUGAGAUAUGUGCAGAAGGUGUUUGCCCGGAAGAUGGUGUUGUGGAACUUCGAACAGCUUUGAGAGAGAUUGUCGAAAACAAUGGCGUCGUGAUAGUUCAUCUUCAGAACUCUGAGAACCAGGUUACUCUUAAGUCGUUUCAGGAAGUUUUUGCGUCAUGCUUCUUGUUCAAUUAUGAUCUGGAACAAAGAAAUGAAAUAUUAAUUUGCACUAAUCGUCAGAAUUGGACUUGGAUCGAACAAGAACAGCUCUUCAAGGAAGCUCUACGGAAAGUGGAUGAUAUUUUAGAUUUCAAGAUGAACGCCUUUGUGAACCUUGAUUGA